AGUCGUCGAAGGGAGCGCGCGAGCUGCGCCCGACUUGGAACACUCUCGCCGACACAUCCCGCUGAUGGUCAUUGCUGGUGAAUCAUGGGCAGUGCAUCCUCGCGAGUGCGGCCCGCGGCGCUGAGCUAGUGGCGACGACGAGACGACGCCGAACGCGCGCGCGACGCCGCCAUCACCACCAAGGAGUCGUAGUCGAGGUGGGCGUGCGGGCGUGCGAGCGACUCCGUCGGCGGCGCGCUCUGGCAUGACGGCCAAAUCCGGGGGACAGACAUGAGCCACCGCUGUCGUCGUCCAGGACCAGGACCGACCAGGCGCUAGGAUGCUGCCGUGCUGCGAGCGACCGCUGGCGCUUCUGGCCACUGCCUUCCUCCUCGUCGUCAUGCCCCCAGGAACGCUGCAAGGGCCGCACGAAAAGCGGCUGCUCAACAACCUGCUCGGUCCGUACAACGUCUUGGAGCGGCCCGUCGCCAACGAGUCGGAACCGCUGGAAGUGAAGUUCGGCCUAACGCUGCAGCAGAUCAUAGAUGUGGACGAAAAGAAUCAGAUUCUCACGACAAACGCGUGGUUGAAUUUGGAAUGGAACGACUACAAUCUGCGCUGGAACGAGACGGAGUACGGGGGGGUCAAGGAUUUACGCAUAACUCCGAACAAGCUCUGGAAGCCGGACGUGCUCAUGUACAACAGUGCUGAUGAGGGUUUCGACGGGACAUUCCAAACAAACGUUGUGGUCAAACAUAACGGCAGCUGCUUGUACGUCCCUCCGGGUAUCUUCAAGAGCACAUGCAAGAUAGACAUUACGUGGUUCCCCUUUGAUGACCAACACUGUGACAUGAAGUUCGGUAGCUGGACGUAUGACGGCAACCAGCUGGACCUGCAGCUGAACUCCGAGGACGGCGGUGAUCUCUCCGACUUUAUUACGAACGGCGAGUGGUACCUCAUAGGCAUGCCCGGAAAGAAAAACACCAUCGUCUACCAGUGCUGUCCGGAGCCGUACGUCGACGUCACGUUCACAAUUCAAAUCCGGCGGCGGACGCUCUACUACUUCUUCAAUCUGAUAGUUCCUUGCGUGCUCAUCUCCUCAAUGGCGCUGCUGGGCUUCACGCUGCCGCCGGACUCUGGCGAGAAGCUGACACUAGGUGUCACCAUACUUCUUUCAUUGACUGUAUUUCUCAACCUAGUAGCUGAAAAGAUACCAACCACGUCCGAUGCAGUUCCGUUGAUAGGAGUGACCAUCUUGCUCUCGUUGACCGUGUUCCUGAACCUCGUGGCAGAAACCUUGCCCCAAGUAUCUGACGCCAUCCCUCUGUUAGGCACCUACUUCAACUGCAUUAUGUUCAUGGUGGCAUCGUCGGUGGUGCUCACCGUCGUCGUGUUGAACUACCACCAUCGAACAGCGGACAUACAUGAGAUGCCGCAAUGGAUAAAAACAGUGUUCCUGCAAUGGCUGCCAUGGUUCCUCGGCAUGAGCCGACCGGGCAAGAAGAUCACGCGCAAGACGAUCAUGAUGAACAGCCGGAUGAAGGAGCUGGAGCUGAAGGAGCGCUCUUCGAAGAGUUUGCUCGCGAACGUGCUGGACAUCGACGAUGACUUCCGCAACGUGUCCGGCGGUGGGAACAACGCAUCGAUGACGACCAGUUUGGGCGGCGCGUACGGCAUGCGCCACCCGACUACCAUCGAAGAGGCCGCGAUGCCGGCGUCGGGCACGCAACGAGAUCUCCAGCACAUUCUGCGCGAGCUCCAGUUCAUCACGAACCGCAUGAAGAAGGCGGACGAGGAGGCGGAGGUGAUCAGCGACUGGAAGUUUGCCGCGAUGGUGGUGGACCGCUUUUGCCUCAUCAUAUUCACGCUCUUCACCAUCAUCGCGACGGUGGCGGUGCUCCUGUCGGCGCCGCACAUCAUCGUCCAGUAGGGACGCGCCCAGCGUUGCCGCCGCCGCCGCCGCCGCCACCAUCGUCGUCGCAGCCGCAGCCGCCGCACCCUCAGUACUAUUAAAUAGUAACGUAUGUUCAUAUACGAAACCACCAGCAGACACACAACAAAUGAUUACCGCUCUAGAUAGACUAUUAUAAUAUGUAACUAAAAUAAUGAACGUAUACUGUGAUACAAAGCAGCGCAUCGCCGCCGUCGAGGGCGCGAGCGCGCGUGCGCAUCGGCGCUCACGCAUGCGCAUGCGGGAGCGCUCCGUGCGGCGGCCACGUGGCAGAACGGCGCCGGAAGAGACGACCGGAAAUGGCACAUCGGAGGCGAGAGCGGCAUUGGUAUCGCUCAACUAUAUAUCACCACUUUGACGUUCGCGUAUAAUCUCUAAGCAAAAAGCAAGUUAAAGAAUUAAUCCAUGUACUCGUGGGUAGUAAUGUAUUGUGAAGCCAACCAACUCGAACAAAAAAAAAACAACCAGACGUAGCACACACACAUCCGCCGCUGUCAAGAUGGCGGAACACAAAAAUGUCAACACAUAUAUUACCGCGUCUACUAUUAUAUAGCGUAAAGUAAGAGUAAAAUCCUGCAAAAGAAGCAAACGUUGAGAGUACACACUCGCACACACUGCGCGUGCGCAACACACGUUAUUGUAAACCACGUAAGCGAUAAGCAAGAGUCAAAAGAAGCGUAACACACAUAUUUACAUACCUAAUCAUUAUCUAAGAGUAAGCAAAACGUACUUUUUGGUUUGCACACACGCGUGUUUGUUUUUCUGCUGAAUGCAGAGAAGCACAUACGAAUGCGAUGCAAACGACGUUAUCGAUUGCGUUGAUUCCGUUUUUGAUAAAAAAAAAACAACUCUGUAAGCUAACCAAUUUCUAGACAUAACGAAUCGACCGCGCGGUAAUGUACAUUUGAUAACACCGAAUUUAAAAUGAGAAAUCAACCUUGUAAAGUUUAGUUUUUGAUUGUCGCAACUUUUAAACCAUGAACACUUUUAAACAAAUGAGGAGCGCGGAGCCGCAAUGCGCCGAUAUGCAAUUGCACGGGAAUGAACUUUAUAUAUGAGAAUUAAAACAAUUUAAUUGUAAAAUACGAAAUAUUAAAUGCGGAGCCCCGCAUAGAGAAAACUAUAUUGAAGAUAAACAAAUUGUAUAAAUGAUUAUAACACUGCGAUUAUAAGCUGAUGAAUACGUUUUAAAUGAGAUGAAAAAAUGUAAAGCGUCUUAGACGCACAGAAUAUUUUAUACGGAAGACAAAUCCAAAACAUUAUGAUAAAAAAGGGCGCUCGCGUGCCGCGGCGGAGACGACGGCGCGGUACACCCCCGUUGUUAAACGCACGACGCCGCCGCCGUCCACCAAAGGCCGGCGACGGCGCCCAAACAUUAUAUUGCUCAGGCCGCGCCGCCAUUCAUCCGCGCGCGUCUCGCGGCGAAUAAAAGCCAAAAAAAUAAAUGAAAAAGUUUUAAAAAGAUAUUAUGAAAGUACCCUCUCCCGGGGAGGGCGGCGCAUGCGUCGCAUGACUUACUGCGGUGCUCUCAGCGCGUCGCGCACGCGCACUCUCUUAUAUAACAUGAAUACACCACAAUUGCUCACGAAUAUUUUUGUUACACAAAGAGAUGAUAAAAAACGACUUAAACUGUAUAAACUACGAGUAAGUGUAUAAAAUAUGUCAGAUUAUAAAUAAUCACGUGAUGAUGGACGUUGGACGUUGCCGACUGCAGCGCGGGAUGGUUACCAAACGAGCAGAAGUUAAACAAAAACCAAAAAACCAAGUAAACAAAGUAUACUCACACAUUGCGUCACACGAAAACCAACAAAAGGGUCGUCGUCUUCCUAAACAAGAAACAAACAAACAAAAAAAAAAAACUACUAAUAAUUAAACGUAACACGGUAACACGGUGAACAUGAACCAGCCACAACAAGAUGCAAUCGCGAGCCGUAACUAUAAUUAAAAUUAAUACAAGGAUCACUUGGAUAAUAAAAUGAUGCACUCGGUAACAAAACGCGCGCGCGCGAGGGUUUUUUAUACGACGCACUGAUGAAAUCACAUUAUGUAAAUUAAAUAAAUUUUAAACAAAAAAAGCAAAAACGGGAAAUGAAAAGCAUUCGGUAUAUAUUUGUAUGUGACGCUUGAUUUUUGUACAAAAUGUCCGUUCGUGUCUUUCCGUUCGAGCCAAUUUGAAUGUUCCACGCACAUUUUUAUACAAUACGUACUAAUUAAAAGUUUAACGACGAGCUAAACUCAAGCAAACAUACAAUUCCAAUGAAGAGAUGAUUCUUCGACCGCACACGACCGCGUAGCAACAACAAUAUUCGCGCACGUAACUCUUAGCGUAGUUUGCAUAAGUUUUCACUUUCUUACUCGUCGCGUAUAAACUACGAUUCGUAAAAAAAUGACUAAAACUAAAAAAAUAAAACUGAAAUUAAAACGAUGCCAAGCGCGUAAACUCAUGCCACAUUUGUACACAAUGUAGAUAUACUCGUAUUAAAUACUAUAUUGACUCGAGACAUUAAUAAAAAACUGAAAAACUCAAGUGAUGUAAAGAUGCGAUUUUUAAACAACAGACUUUUAAACAAACGAAACGAAUUAAAUCAUUAAUCCACAUUGUACGAACCUAAAACCUGUAUUAUAAAGCGAUUUUUUAAUUAAGAUAUGAUGAUAAAUGUGAACAAAUGUUGAAUAACUGCGAAACACACAUAUUGUAUAAAUGAAUCAACAUGAUGACACACAUUGAAUUGCGUGCGCGACGUGCAGAUGAGAGAUCGAUGAGUGCACACGACGUGUGACCGCCCUCCUGCAUUUUAUAUCAUGUACCAUUUUUAAUAUAAUAUUUAAGAGGAUAAAUUGUAAUAAUAAAACUGUACGAUAAACACAACACACACACACGCAGACAGACACCGAGGAAGACACGAUGUAAACUUCGAAUUUUUCAUCAUUAUUGCUAUAUGACUAAAAGAUUUCUACUUAAUUCUUAAUCGUAUCACUGCGACUAGUAUGCGACUAAACGUACAAUUAACAAUAAACCAAGAAUCUAUUAUUUGGAAUGAUAAACAAUGAGAAAUUAUAAAAUGACGGAGUUCAUAGGUUUGUCGCGUACAACUUCAAUUAUUACAACUUGUUGCAAACAAACGAAUAACGCACACUCGAUUACUUAUCAUUUUGACUUCACACCCACUUCGCCCUCAACAAGCAGAACACAUUCUCAUCACGUAAUAAUUUUUGAGAACGUCAUGUGUGUGAAUCCGUAUCGAGCGCGUGUGUAGAAUCUUAGCAUCCGCCAAAAAUAAAACAAAACAAAAAAACUAACACUGAUAAAACACUGCAAAUCGUCGAAUUAUACCCUAAACGUAGGCGAAACUAAACCAGCAGAAUCAUUAAAUCGUAAGAGUACUUAAAAAUGAAACAAAUGAAACUAAAAACAGGAACUGAUAUAGAAAUAUGAUAUUGUACUAUGUACAACCAUAUGUAACGUAUGCAAAUGCAAUUCAUUCCUUGUUUUGUUUUUUAUUGUAUUUGUAGUGGUAUCGAGUUGAUUUCGAAAAGAAAGUUUUAUUCAGACGAUUCUCGAUUUGCUUGAGAGCUUUCAAGGCGCGAUUUUUAAUUUGUAUCGCUGUCUCAACGCUGUGCGCUGCUAGGAAACGAUUUAACGCUCUUUAGUUGAAAACGAUAACCAAACAGACUUAAAAAACGAGCUAAACUGAUACUGAAACGUAAAACGGUGUAUUUAAACAAAUGUCCACUCUUUUAUCAAAGAUUAAUCAUUAAUGACAACUCUAUCUAUAGAAAAUACAUUAUAACGUUAGUCAAAUUGCUGAAAAAAAGAUGUGUAGCCAAAAAUACAAAAAAAUAUUUAGAUUGAUCAGCGUAUCACCAUGAUAAUGACGAUGGCCGGCGAAGACGGAAGAUGGCGAGGAAGGAAAACUAUCUAAUGCUAGGAAGAUAUUAUAAUGUUUGCUCCCACCCCAAAAAGAUGCUCCUUACCCAUAAGCGAAAUAAAAUGCUCACACUCUUUAUAGCAAAAAAACAUCUUCUUGAAAAUUGCUUCGUUGAGAUAUCUACCGCUAGACAUAGAGUCUAUAUUAUAAUCUAUUGUUAAACUAUGUUGUACUUUGAUAUUUUGCUACAUGAUUUUAUAUAUCGAUUAUAUAUCUGUUAUUGCGGGUAUGAGUUGCGUUACGCUGCCGUAAGUUUUUCACUUGUUCUGAUUGAAAACGCAACGUUUCAUUGCGCCACAACGUGAAAACGACGAUAACGACAAGGAGCAAUAUUUCAGCGUUGGGAAAAUCACAAUGUUAUCAUCUUUGCGAGAUGUGCUCAAUAUUUUUUCACAACAGCGCCGUCAAUAAUAACUGAUUCGAUGUGUUGGUUUUAUUCAUUUUUCGGGAGCGCUCGGGAGCCCCCGCUGGUAAAUGCAUUCACAAACAAACGCUGUGGUUCACUGUCGACGCGUAUACUGUUAUCAAUUGAGAAGUUUUUAUUCGUUUCGUAAAACAUGGAGAUAUUUCUACGUUUUGUUAAUGCUCGUUUUACAUUAUCUACGAUGCUGGUAUAAAUAGAUGAGUUAUGUGAAUAAAUGUAAACGUAUGGUUGAAAACAAUAAACGCAGAAUUCAGUUUUUA